UUAGGACGAAGAAGUGGAUUGGCUACAGGGAUGUAUGUGUUUGUUUGAUUAGUGCAUUAAUUAUGAGUAGUGUCUGAUCCUUUUGUGGUAAGCCCCAUUCCACUUUGUUCUUUGCUUAUUUCCUUCGGUUUCUUGUACUUCCCAACUCUCUACAAUCUAUCUGGCUAAGAUGUCUUUCUUCGAAUACACAUCCCCGCACCUUCGUCCCACGGAUCGUACGAUUCCAAAGCCUUAACUUGAUCAUCCUUUGAAUCUUUUGGUCACUGAAUUUACUGCUCUUUGGUGGUUUUGUAAGAAAGGGAGCGAUAAACCCAACAAAACAACUUUACUUUCUUAGAGACAAAUUCGGGUUGCUUGAAGCUAGGUGUACAUCAUCAAGGAUUGUGGUUAUGGGGUUUGAGGGAUUGAGUUGUAGGUUUGUUGUUACCACCUUCUUGUUGCUGCUUCUGCUAUGGAUGAUGGUGGGGGUGGGUUCGGUGAGUGGAAUUGGAGCAAACUGGGGAACACAGGCAUCUCAUCCUCUUCCUACUUCUACCGUUGUGAAGCUGCUCAAGGAUAACGGGUUUCAGAAGGUGAAGCUAUUUGAUGCCGAUUCGAGCACUUUGCAUGCUCUGAGUGGUUCAGGGCUUGAGGUAAUGGUGGGGAUCCCCAAUGAAAUGCUGCAGAGUCUGGCCAACAGUGUGGAGGCAGCUGAGAAAUGGGUGGAGAAGAAUGUGUCUCUGCAUAUCUCCUCCAAUAAGGUCGACAUCAGGUAUGUUGCCGUUGGAAAUGAACCGUUCCUGAAGACAUACAACGGUAGCUUCAUCGCAACAACUCUUCCUGCGCUCCAAAAUAUUCAGGCAGCCUUGAUAAAAGCCGGCCUGGGCAAUCAGGUGAAGGUCACCGUCCCUCUAAACGCCGAUGUCUACCAGACUUCGACUUCCGUUCCUUCGGGUGGUGACUUUCGAGCAGACAUUCGGGAUCUCAUGAUUCAGAUUACCAAGUUCUUGAAUGACAAUGGCGCUCCUGUAACAAUCAACAUCUACCCUUUCAUAAGCCUCUAUAACGAUCCCAAUUUCCCCGUUGACUAUGCCUUCUUUGAUGGUUAUUCAUCCCCCCUCACUGACAAUGGAAAAACGUACAAUAAUGUGUUUGAUGCAAGCUAUGAUACCCUCGUGUGGACCUUACAGAAGAAUGGAUAUGAAAACAUGUCCAUUAUUGUGGGAGAAAUUGGGUGGCCAACUGAUGGAGACCGGAAUGCCAAUAUGAAGUACGCCAGGAGGUUCAACCAAGGGUUCAUGUCCCACAUCUCAUCUGGACACGGGACUCCAAUGAGACCCGGUCCUGUCGAUGCCUACUUGUUUAGCCUUAUCGAUGAGGAUGCCAAGAGCAUCCAACCGGGAAACUUUGAACGACAUUGGGGGAUCUUUUACUACGAUGGAACGCCAAAAUACAACCUUACCCCAAACUCCAGCAACUCAGGAGGGCUAGUAGCAGCAAGCAAUGUCCAGUACUUGGCCCGACAGUGGUGUGUGAUGUCGUCAUCAGCAAGCCUUGAUAAUUCACAGGUUGCACCGAGUGUGAGCUACGCCUGUUCUCAAGCUGACUGCACAAGCCUGGGGUAUGGAACAUCUUGUGGAAAUUUGGAUGCUCGCGGGAACAUCUCGUAUGCAUUCAACAACUACUACCAGCAGAAUAACCAGCUAGCAAGUGCCUGCAAGUUCCCGAACCUUUCAGUUAUCACAACUACUGAUCCAUCUGUUGGAGAUUGCAAAUUUAAAAUCAUGAUCAAGACUGAGAGUUCUAGCUUGACAAGCGGAAGUAGGCCUUCAGAGAAGCCUGUUAAUAUGAUUGUUUUUAUCAUGAUGUUCCUUCUUGCAGCUCUGUGAUUGUUUUGAUGAUAAUGUUUUAAGCAAUUCUGUACAUGUAUGAAUUAAUUGAACAAACAGAUACCAGAUGAAUUCAAGGACAAAUUGCAGGCGCAUCAAAACUUU